AUGCUGUCUCCUACAAUAUCCUACGGUUCAUCGUGCAAUCAUUUUCCGAAUACAUCUGAUAUCCUUGUUGUCGUCAAGACCGGUGCUACAGAGUCAUACUCAAAGAUCCCUACGCAACUCAUUACCGUCCUGAGAUGUCUCCCGGACUUUCUGAUUUUCUCCGAUAUGGAGCAGGACAUUGCCGGCCACCACGUCCGCGACAGCUUAGACUCUGUAAUUGAUGAGGCAAAGGAGAGGAAUUCUGACUUUGAUCUCUACCGCAGGCAGAAAGCUUGUGUUAUCGAUCAGCAUAGCUGUAACUUCAAGGGCAAACAAAACCUCAAGUUUGAGGGUUGGAGACUAGAUAAGUACAAGAAUGUUCAUAUCGCAGAGAAGACAUAUCACUUACGCCCAAAUUAUGACUGGUAUCUCUUCAUCGAUGCUGACACUUAUGUGCUCUGGAAUAACCUCGCCCAAUGGCUACGAAUUCUAGGGGAUCCUUCCAAGCAGCAUUAUGUCGGUAGCGUAGCGCUUCUGAAUGACUUCGCCUUCGCGCACGGUGGUAGCGGAUACGUCCUAUCACAGGCAACCAUGAGAGACCUUGCCGUAAAUCACCCUGGUAUCGCUAAUCAGUACGAUAUGAAGGCGACCAAAUCAUGCUGUGGCGACUAUGUGUUAGGCGUCGCCUUGAAUGAGACACUCGGUAUUGGAGUCAAGCAAGCUUGGCCGACUAUCAACGGUGAGAAACCGUAUACUAUUCCUUACGGACCCCGUGAAUGGUGCCACCCCAUUGAUUUCGAGAAGCGUUUCUACCAGUCCCGAGGCGUGCCGCGUCCCGUCAUGCGGUUCAAGGAUAUCUUUGAGGAGUUUGUGGCGCCGAAGUUCAUGGCCAGGCGCGACGACUGGGAUAACCUAAGCGAGGACGUGCUAUACCUGGACCCAAACCGCAGCGGACGCUAUCCGAAGUGGCAGCAGGAUAGCGCCAAGAAGCCGCAUAAGCAGAUACGUGCCUCAGCUGUUGAGCAAGACGCGUACAAGUCGUUCGAGCACUGCCGCAAGCUUUGCCACAGCAUCCACGACUGCUUCCAGUUCUCGUACCGUGCUGGAGCCUGCACGUACAAUAAGUCGUUUCGCCUUGGUAAACCAGCCCCGAAGACGAGCACGGAGGAAGACAGGUGGGUCAGCGGCUGGAAUAUCGAACGCAUUCGCCCUUGGGUGGAGGGGCAGGCACCAUGCGGAGAGCCUGUCUGGCCCAAGUUGUAACAAGUAUGAGCGCAUCAGAACACGUAGAGUCAAUACGCCAGGCAUAGACUCUUUUCGGAAAGUGAAAAUUGUUGAGAUAUAUUGGUAAUUCUCGAGGAGGGAUCAGAGAUUCACCUUUAAACAUGAGUUUAAGGGGCGCGUAAAUUUCGGUGCUCUUAUUAACCAGAUAUGCUUGCUACCGGGUAGCCUUUGUAUUUUCGCAUUCUGAAGUGGUAGGUAGUUCUCACUUUGUCCAAUACAAGAAGAUAGGUACCUCCUACUCAUUUAUCAUCACGCUACGUUAGGUCUAACGCCUUAUAUCAUACACAAUAACAACGUAGUUUAGAUACACCUCAUCUCCUUU